CGCCCGCGCGUCACCAUCGCAGACCUCACCAACACGCUCGGCUCGCCGCCUUCAUCGCGCCGAUAAGCGCUGACAGGCGAAGCAGGAGGGGAGAGAUAUGGAGGGACAGAAACUCUGACUUCAGAGGAACCCACACGCAGGGGCGGAUGGACGUUACAUUACUCUCCUAACAGGCAAAUAUAAAUACCAGCGAGGGACAGGGGAAAAGGCGAGGGAGCGGCCUGAAAUUCAAAUUCAAAUUGUCUCUUGGCAAAGGGAAAUCAGCACCAUCAUGCUCCCUCGAAGUAUGAAGACAUCUGGAGUAGAGCUGCCGGGAGUGGGGCCCAGAGAGGUGCCCCUCAUCGGAUAUCGACCCCUGCAGCCAGAGGUGGACGGCCAUAAGGACCAGCUCUGGAAGGAGAAUGAAAACAGGGAGGCAGAUCACACACAGGGGGAGCCAUCCCCGAUGAAGACCACAUGGUACUGUCCACUGGACCUGUCCACUGUGUCUGAAAUGGAGGAAGAUGGUAUCAUCUACACUGUGGUUGUAAAACAAGGGCACAGUUCCCCCGCCAGCCCGCAGUCCACAGCAUCCCGCUCUCAGCACGUCAAAGCAGGGACAGAGGAAAAGCUGGUCCUCCAUCUCCUACAUUCCUUCAGCAUGGGUGACUCCUCCUUCAUCUCCAUCUUCCUCUCCACCUAUCGCUCCUUCACCUCCACCCAGAGAGUGCUGGACAUCCUGAUUGACAGGUUGGGAAUUCCUCCGGGUGAGAGCAAUAGUAACACUCGUCAGAUGUUCAACAAGGCAGUGUGUACGGUGUUCAGCACAUGGCUGAGUGACUAUCCCGAGGAUUUCUGCUCUCUGAGCGAUUCCUCCUGCUUGUUACGCUUGGCCCCCCUGCUUCCCGGUGACACCUCGGGUGCAGAAAUCAAAGGUCGACUGCUGAGGAUCGCUGAGGAGCUGAGGGAGAAAACCCUGCUGUCCGGCUCGCUCUCAGAUCCUACCAAAGGUGUGACAUCUCCUCCUGAUCCCUCUGAGUUUGAUGCCACCAGCAUCCUGGGGUUUCCAUCCAGUGUGAUCGCAGAGCAGCUGACCAGGAUCGAGACAGAUCUGUUUCUGAAGCUGGUGCCCUAUCACUGUCUGGGGUCUCUGUGGUCUCAGAGAGAUAAGAAAGGCCGGGAAGGAGCGUGCUGGUCGGUCAGAGCUACUAUCAAGCAGUUCAAUCGCUUAGCAAACGCUGUCACAGCCUCGUGCUUGUGGAACACGAGUCUGAAGAGCCAACAGAGGGCCAGACUGCUGGAGAAAUGGAUCAGCGUGGCAGAGGCCUGCAGAAGCAGGAAGAACUUCUCCUCACUGUACGCCAUUCUGUCAGCGCUGCAGAGCAACCCCAUCCACAGACUGAGAAAGACCUGGCAGGAGACAGACAGAGAAGCUGUAAAGAGAUACGAGGAACUUUCUGACAUCUUCUCUGAGAAAGACAACUUCUCUCAGAGCCGCGAGCUUCUCAAAGAGGUGGGGACUUCCAAAUUUUCAAACCUUGACACUAAAAUCAACAACAGGAGAUUCACAGGGUCGUGCGCUCAGGGCACUGUGCCGUACCUGGGCAUCUUCCUCAGAGAUCUCACCAUGCUGGACACUGCAGUCAAAGACCGAUUAGAGAAUGGCUUCAUCAACUUCGAUAAAAGACGACGGGAGUUUGAAGUCAUCGCUCAAAUUCGCCUCCUUCAGUCCUCGUGUAGAAACAGCAUGUUCAGAACGGAUGAGACGUUUGUUCUGUGGUAUCACAGCGUACCUAGUCUGUGCGAAGAGGAAAGCUACAAGCUGUCCAAUCAGAUUGAAGCACCGGGCGAGCCGAGUCCUGGCCGUGUCCUGAACCCUACAGUGAUCAUCACACAGUGUCCUGAUGCUCUUUCAGCCGUGGCAAAUACGACAAUGGAUGCUGAUGGCAUGUUUGACUUCCCGUCUCCUGUCAAUCACCUGCUCUCCAGGCUUUACAAGCAUGUGAAAUCCCCAUCCGUUUCCUGUCUGGAUGUUGAUUCGUCACCGCCGCCCAAUGAUGCCACGCCCUCUGGCCUGACCACACCCACUACAGCUGUAAAAUCACAUCGACGGUCUGUCUCCUGCGGCAACAACCCCACCAAAAACAAACCAGAGGCGGGGCCUGAUAUGAGAAUCGUCAGGAUACGGAUGGAUUUACAUGACGGCAACUUAUACAGAAGCAUUCUGGUCACCAGUAAUGAUAAAACACCCACUGUAAUCAGUUCUGCAUUAGAGAAGCACAACCAGAAUGCUCAAGAAGCCUCCAAAUACGAGCUGAUCCAACUGCUGCCGGAGGGGAAAGAGUUAUUAAUACCUCCCACAGGAAACGUCUUCUAUGCCAUGUCUUCAGCUAGCGUGGACUUCCUGUUAAGGAGAAGAGGAGGAAAUACACCUUCAGGGUCUCCGACUCUUGGCAACGAAAGCAGCGCAACCUUUCCACGAAUCAAAUCCAAGGGCAGAAGGCUAGUUCGGACACUAUUUUAACAUAAAAACAGGAUAUUCUCAUCCAAAUACUUUCAAAAGAAAAGACACAGUAUAUUUCAUUCAGAGCUCUUUGACGUACCUGUGUAGAAUUGACUCAAAUCAGCCAUUUUCAUAAGUCCCAAUAUUAGUAAUUUGAGUAGAAGCUUGGUUAAAUUGGCUCUAAGAUGUUAGUUACUGCUAAACAUUGCAUUUUUGCAUCUCAUAAAUCCAAGAUGAAUUUCGAGACAGGAUCAUGUACCUCUUGCUGACGCCAGCAUUUCCAGAACUUCCCCCAUCUACCUCUAAAGCUAGCAGUCCAUUGGUUACAGAAUAUUCUGCAUUAUUAAUGACCAUCAAACGGGGAUAGAGCAGCGACAAGAUCCCAGCAUAAGAGAAUAAACACUUACAGAAGGUACUUACACCUGUCUAACAUUUCAAAACACUGAGCUGUCCUGUGUGUGGGUAAAAAGCUAGUGGAAAACACCCACCUACCUGAAGAUGAGUCAUGAAUCCACUGCCGCUCUCCGGUGUCCUCACCAAGUAUGCAAAUUGAUAGUUGCUUCUUUCUCUUUAAAUAUUAAUACAGAAUUCAUUAUGGUUAUGGUAAUAUCAAGACUCUGUUCCAAAACCUAGUAUAAAGUGUCAAAUUAUCAAAGGCAGGAAGCUACGUAUCCUCAAAAGAGACCGAUCUGAAUCACUCUAAAUAGGCCGCACAUGGGACUUGGCACAUGACUUUACAGUCAAUUUCAGUACAGCUGGAUGUUUGUUUCCAAGCUUAAAAGCACAAUAAUCUAGUAAUAAUAAUAAUACACUACUUUCCAAAAGUUUGGGGCCACUAAGAUUUUCGGAAAAAAAAAUUAAUAUUUUUAUUUAGCAAGGUUAUUACAGUUAACUAAAACUAAAAUUAAAACCAUAAAAAUUGUUUCUUAAACGUUUCUUAAACGGUUUCUUAACUGAAAUUAUACUGAAUAUAUAUAUAUAUAUGAGAUUUGUAUAUAUAUAUAUAUAUAUAUAUAUAUAUAUAUAUAUAUAUAUAUACAGUAUAUACAAAUCUCUUUUAUUUCAGGUAAUUGCCAAAGCAAGAUUUCUCAUUUGAAAAAACAAAACAUUGUAUAUAUAUGGAUAAAAAAAAUACAAAAUAAAUUACAAAAACACAACAGAUUUACUAAAAUGUAAAUAAAAAAUACAAUUAAAAACUGAAAAUAUGUAAUACAAACGAAUUCAAAAUAUUCAUAAAAACAGUAAUUGUAUCUCAAUGAUACUAAAAUAACAUGGUCAUUUAGCAAUAAUGCUUUAAAUUGAUCAAAAGUGAUAAAAUAUUUCUAUUUCUACUUUGUACUCAUCAGAGAACCCUGACAAAAGUAUCAUGGAUUCCACAAAAAAUAUUCAGCAUUAAUGUUUAUAAUAAUACUGUUUCUUGAGCAACAAAUAGAAUGAUUUCUGAAGGAUCAUGUAGCACAGUAUGUUAAAAUAUAAACAUAUAUAACAUACAUUGUGAAUUGUAAAAUUAUUUCACAAUACUAUUGCUUUUACUGUAUUUUUGAUCAAAUAAAUGCAGCGUACUGUAGAUUAGACUUCUCUCAAAACAUCAAACAAUUAUAAUAACAAUAAUCUAACAGACUCCAAACUUUUGAAUGGUAAUGUAUGUACAGUAGCACAAAAAGAUAAUAUUGGUAAUAUCGUCAAUUUUAUUUGUAUUUACCUAUUUUUUUACUUUAAUAAAUUGCAGUAUUGAAUGUAAUGUGUAAUAGAUUCCACAGUGUGGGUGUGCCUUCUCCACAAUGGAUACAUGCAUAAAAAUAGGCCAAAAGAAAGUGACUGAGGCGGCAGCGUAAUCAUGCAGCCUACAUUUAGAACAGGGCAGCUCACUAGGUUUUGGGACCGAGCCAACAGUGUGUUAAACUGAAGGUCUCCGGUUCUGGCUGUUCUUCCAUACCAAAUCAACUCCUUUAAAAAAUGCAACAAAGCUGUGCCUGUGACAUUAUUUUUAUACUGAUAAAAGCAUAACGCUACAAUCAUCCAAAGUAGAAAACAACCCAGUUGUUGGAACCCUGAUGAACCUUGCGCUCUUUCUCGUAUGCUGUUGACGUCUCUGUGGGAACUGAGGCAUGCGAGAGCUUACAGCAAGGACGAGGGGUCCGUUUCAUCUCAGUCUUUGGUUAUGUUCGGAAUAGGAUACUAACAUACUGUACUACACUCACACGCAAAAGUCUGGAUACUUACUACAAUGUGCAGCAUACAAAAGAGUUAUUAUUUUUCUAAGAUGAUAACUGGACGUCACAUGCAAUGUGGUGAGGUCAUGUGAGAGCAAAUGUAGCAUACCACAAUUACCCUUUAAAGAUAACAGUAGAAAGUACACAUGGAGUGAGUAGUAAGGUAGUAUUCCAUUCCGAUGAUAGUCAUUGUUUUUGGUCACUUGUUUGUUAAGUGCCUUAUUAUCAGGUGCUCGUGUGUGAUUGUUGCUCUGGUGUGUUGCGCAGUGAAAAGCAUGUUACAGCUUCAGUCCUGUAUCGUCAGAUCUGUACUCUGACAACUUUAUGCACUACAUACCUCAUAUUCUUGUAAUAAACUUUAAUUUUGAUACAA